GCCACUCACCAUGUAACGCACAAUUCCGUCAAGUACCUACUACCCCUAGUCAAUCCGCAUUAUCCGUCACAAAUCACCGACGAUGUCUUCCUCACAAACGGCAACAACAACCGCGCGCGCGGACGCGCCCGGGAACGUCUCCCUCCCCUCCGAAACCGUGCAGCCUACGGAGGUGUCCACGCCGCCCCAGCAAGGCUCGACACAGCCCGGGGACGGCUCGACCGUGCACUACGACGCGGAGAAGAACGUGCAGUAUGUCGAGCAGCCGGGGGGGAAGGUGCCGUGGAAGGACCAGGUUUUAGGGUAUGCGAAGGAGAUCCGCGGAGCGACGCUGAGGAAGGCCGAGACGAAAGAGCAGGGACAGAAGAUUUUGCAGGGCCAGGAGGCCCCUUCUGAGACGCACAAGUAGAGACUCGAUCGUCCACACUGUAUUCUUAGUGUUUAUACGCUAUAGUGCGGCUUGAAACGUUACUGUAUUUGUCCUGGAUCCGUUUGUACUAUACCUGCCUAAUUCCACCCGCUCGACUGUCGCGUCUUGCCCGAGUCCACAGUUCCGGUUGUGAGACUG